AUGGCACCAAGCAGCACCAGCGCGAAUACUAACCAGACUGACCCGCUCCAGCAUCCUCUCCAGGCCACCGCUAUGGCUAUUGGCGGUGCCACUGGAGAGAGACGCAGCAACCGAAUGAGCCAUAUGGCCAGCGCGAAUGAGGGCCCUGCGGAUAUCAUUGCAAAAGUAUCUGGGGCUGUUCAAGGUGGAACGAGGGAGGACGAUGGAGCGUAUUUCACCUCCAACGAAGGCAUUCCCUUCCCAGAUCCCGCGCACAGCAAGACUGUUGGCGGUAUUCCGAUUGCCAGCGACGUGUUUCUGUUCCAGAAGCAGCAACACUUCAACCGCUCAAAGAACCUUGAACCCAACUUCCUCUCCAGCGUGGGAGAGAAAACUCCUGUCUUCGUCCGCUUCUCCACCGUGACUCUAGGGCGCGAGUUCCCAGAUGAAGCGCGGAACCCGCGUGGCUUUGCCAUCAAGUUCUACACGAUGGAGGGUAACUAUGAUAUUGUGGGAUUGAACUUUCCUGUCUUCUUCUGCCGUGACCCUAUCCAAGGUCCUGAUGUGAUCCGCUCCCAAUCUCGCAACCCAAAGAAUUUUCUUCUUGAUUUCGAUGCUUUAUUUGAUCUGCUAGGGAACACUCCAGAAGGCAAUCAUGCGGGUUUGAUGUAUUUCAGCGACCAUGGCACCCCACAAGGCUGGCGCUUCAAUCAUGGUUAUGGUUGCCACACUUUCAGAUGGGUGAAUAAGGAUGGCAAAUUUGUCUACAUCAAGUACCAUUUCAUUGCAAAACAUGGUCAGAAGCAGUUCACCGAACCAGAAGCAAUACGCAUCUCUGGAGAAGAUCCUGAUUACUCGAAACGCGACCUCUGGGACACCAUUGAAGCAGGGGAGGAAAUCGAAUGGACUGCCAUGGUGCAAGUCAUGCAGCCGGAGGAAGCUGACCCCGAGAAACUCGGCUUCGAUCCCUUUGACGUAACCAAAGUCUGGCCACGCGGCAAAUUUCCCAUGCAAGAAUUCGGCCGCCUCGUCCUCAACAAGAAUCCAGAAAACUUCCAUCGUGAUGUCGAGCAGGCUGCAUUCGCACCUGGCAGCAUGGUUCCUGGUAUCGAAGAUUCUCCGGACCCGCUCCUCCAAUUCCGUAUGUUCUUUUACCGCGACGCCCAGUUCCACCGGAUUGGCAUCAACCUGCAUCAGGUUCCUGUCAACUGCCCCUUCAUGGCACAAUCAUACUCGCCUCUGAACUUCGACGGCCAGAUGCGUGUCGACGCCAACCACGCAGGCAACAAACAAUACGUUCCCAACAGCUUUGCUCACAAAUUCCGUCCGGACGUCGCAGAGGCGCCCUAUCUCGUCAGCGACAACGUUGUUUCCCGCAAAAGCCACUACUGGCACGAAGGCAAGAAGAACGAAUACGACCAAGCCAAGGAGCUCUGGAGCCGCGUCAUGACCGACACGCAGAGACAGAACACCAUCAGCAACACGGCCAAGCUCCUGCGGUUCGUCAAGUAUCCCGACAUCCAGAAGAGAUAUCUGGCCCAGAUCUACAAUAUUGGCACCGACUAUGCUCAGGGCGUGUAUUCGGCUCUCCCGAAGAAGGAAUUCGAGUUCUCUGAGGUCGAGCAGUUGUCCCAGACAGCGCAUGAGUGGUACAAGGAGAAGAAGUUCAGGCCCAGCAGUGGAGAGCGCUUGACGGGUUAUGCGCCCGAGAUGGCGAUCUACAAUGUCUGA